ACAGGAACCCCGGCAGGUCACACUGCGCAGGGCGGUGGGGCACACGCGGAGUCGCUGGAGUGAGGGAGUGCUGAGUCGGUGCUGCCGCCGCCGCCGCCUUCUCCUCCCGUACGGCUUCGGAGCCGCAGAGGUUUGUGGGGCAGCCACAAAAUGGAGGCGAACGGGAACGGCAGCGGGAGUAGCAGCGAUUCGGCUCCCGACUGCUGGGACCAGGCGGACAUCGAGCCGGCCAGCGGCGCCGACCCUGGGUCCGCCCCGCCGGCCGCAGAGGCCCAGGCCGAGCAGCAGGAGCUCCUCCUUGAUGCGGCUUUCAGCCGCCAGCUCAACGUGAACGCCAAGCCCUUCGUGCCCAAUGUCCACGCUGCCGAGUUCGUGCCGUCCUUCCUGAGAGGGGGGGCGGCGCCUGGACUACCGCCGCCCUCCCCCCCACCUGGCCUGCCGCCGCCCCCGCCCCACGGAGCAUCUGCAGAGUCUUCUCAAGAGGCGCAAACAGCAUCUUGUGAAGGUUCAAAUGUUGCUGUUAGUAUGGAAGUCUCAGAACCUGUUGUAGAAAAUGGAGAGACAGAAAUGUCCCCUGAAGAAUCAUGGGAUCACAAAGAAGAAACAUGUGAAGCAGAGCUAGGAGGUGGCCCAUCAGGAGAUGCAGGGCAUACUGAGGAGGGUGCCCAGGAAAUGAUGGAGGAAGAGGAGGAAAUACCAAAACCUAAAUCAGUAGUAGCACCACCAGGUGCUCCUAAAAAAGAACAUGUGAAUGUAGUAUUCAUUGGGCAUGUAGAUGCUGGUAAAUCAACCAUUGGAGGACAAAUAAUGUACUUGACAGGAAUGGUUGACAAAAGAACACUUGAGAAAUAUGAAAGAGAAGCUAAAGAGAAAAACAGAGAAACCUGGUACCUGUCUUGGGCCUUAGACACAAAUCAAGAAGAACGAGACAAAGGUAAAACAGUAGAAGUGGGCCGUGCCUAUUUUGAAACAGAGAAGAAACACUUCACAAUCCUAGAUGCCCCAGGGCAUAAGAGCUUUGUUCCAAAUAUGAUUGGCGGGGCUUCUCAAGCUGAUCUGGCUGUGUUGGUUAUUUCUGCAAGAAAAGGAGAGUUUGAAACUGGAUUUGAAAAAGGGGGACAAACAAGAGAACAUGCCAUGUUAGCAAAAACAGCAGGUGUAAAACAUUUAAUAGUUCUUAUUAAUAAAAUGGAUGAUCCAACUGUAAACUGGGGUAACGAAAGAUAUGAAGAAUGUAAAGAGAAGUUGGUGCCAUUUUUGAAGAAAGUUGGCUUCAAUCCCAAAAAAGAUAUUCAUUUUAUGCCCUGCUCGGGACUGACUGGAGCAAACCUUAAAGAGCAAUCAGAUUUCUGUCCUUGGUAUAUUGGUUUACCAUUUAUUCCAUAUCUGGAUAAUUUGCCAAACUUCAGCCGUUCAGUUGAUGGACCAAUCAGGCUGCCAAUUGUGGAUAAAUAUAAGGAUAUGGGCACUGUGGUCCUGGGAAAGCUGGAAUCAGGCUCUAUUUGCAAAGGACAGCAACUUGUGAUGAUGCCAAACAAGCACAACGUGGAAGUUCUUGGAAUUCUUUCUGAUGAUGUAGAAACUGAUGCUGUAGCCCCAGGUGAAAACUUGAAGAUUAGACUGAAAGGAAUUGAAGAGGAGGAGAUCCUUCCAGGAUUUAUACUCUGUGACCCUAAUAACCUGUGUCAUUCUGGACGCACAUUUGAUGCCCAGAUAGUGAUAAUUGAGCACAAAUCCAUCAUCUGCCCUGGUUAUAAUGCAGUGCUGCACAUUCAUACCUGUAUUGAAGAAGUCGAGAUAACAGCCUUAAUCUGCUUGGUAGACAAAAAAUCAGGAGAAAAAAGUAAGACACGACCACGUUUUGUGAAACAAGAUCAAGUAUGCAUUGCCCGUUUAAGGACAGCAGGAACCAUCUGCCUUGAGACAUUCAAAGAGUUCCCUCAGAUGGGUCGUUUUACCUUAAGAGAUGAGGGUAAGACCAUUGCAAUUGGAAAAGUUCUGAAACUGGUUCCAGAGAAGGACUAAGCAUUUUUCUUGAUGACCCUGCACAAUACUGUGAGGAAAAUUGACUCUGCAAAAGCCUACUUCACACCGCCUUCUUCUUUCUGCCCAUUGAUAAACUUCUCCCCAUAUUUUGCAAAGACAAAUUUCACAGCCAAGGUCCACAUUAUGUCAGCUUUCUCAUAUUGAGAGCUCUGCUAUGCCAUUGUUGAAUUUCCCAAAAAGAGGGUUUUUUUCUCCCAAAUUCUGCUUCCUUGCAAAGAUUCGGCAAUAGCUUUGUAAGUGAUGUGGACAUAAUUGCCUAUAAUUAUGAAAAUCUAAAGGAUUUUUAAUGUUUAAUUUCCCCUGGCAUAUUAAGACAUCUUUUUUCCAGGCAGAUCACUCAGUGUGAGUGUGUGUACACAUGUUACAAAGACAACUACCAUGUUAAUAAACUAUUCAAUUUGAAAUCCUUUUUGGUAUUGGAAUUGCUUUUGAAUAAUGUUUUUUAUCUGGAUGUAACACUGUUGCAUUAGCUUUUUAACUUUCCAAGGAUUCUAAAUGUUCGAUUACUUGGAGUUUUCUAAACUCCUCAGCGGCUCUCUUCCUUCUCCCCCUCCGUGUUUUAAAUGAGGUACUUAGAUAAUUGACCAAGUUUGUAUAAAAGGAAUUUGUUUUUCCCAGCCUAAUGGUGGUGUUUAAUGCAUUCUUUAAAUUAAAUACCUUUCUGCAAAUGUGGCACUACUUUAUUAGCUUUAUGUUGAUUUAUAUCUACAGCAAACCUACAUUGACUUAACAUAAUUUCUUAGACACAGUAAGUUGGUUUUGAAUGCUAGAAUUACAUACUGUGUCUUUAUAAAAAGUACAGCAUAAUCAAAUUCUUAUCUUCAGAAAAUGCUGACAGUAAAUCAAUGGAAGCUGCAAAAACAUGGUAAUUGUGGCAGUAAUGCCUGCAUUGGUAUUUAACUGGGCCAGUUAAAAAAGUGCCAGUUCUACAAGUCACUUAGUUCAUUCUCCGUUAGAAGGCUGGAUAAUCCUUGCUGUUUUAAAGAUCUGUCUGAAUUGAGGGGAGAGACUAUUUAAGACUCUAAGUGUUUGCACAUAUUGAAAUCUAUGAGGUGCAGAAUCAAGUGCAGUCUGUACAUUUUUGCAUAUCAAGCCAAUUUAAGCUUGUGUAGACUGGUGAAGAGCUUUCUUGAGAAAGUAAAGCCAUAAGCAGUUUAAAAGUAAGCUUCCUCAAUACAGCUUGAAGGAGCUAAAUAUUAAAACCCUACGUAGUUCUAGGUAAAAGUGGACUAUAUCUCCUGUUGCCAUCCUGGUUCGAACGAUGUGAAAGAGGGUGAAUGGAAAUGAGAGGAAAAAAAGUAUUAAUGGAAAUCUCCAUUAUUAAUUUAAAGGGUUAAUUUCAGAGCUUCUUCAGAAUACUUUUCCUUAAACUAAAUAUUUUGCAAUUGUAAAAUUAAAUAGUGGUGAGCCCUUGCCUUCCCCAGAAGCUGACAGUCACAUGACUGUUUCAGUUUACAGAACUCAAAAUUUUAAAGAGUUUUAUCCUUCUUGUUUCUUUGUAACUGUGGAAUUCCCAUUCAUUUCACUUAAGGCUACAUUGUAUGGACAGAGCAAGUUAUUGUCCUUCAGUUUCAUAUGAUUACACUUGUAGCUACCGUAAUGCAUGAAAUUUAAAUAAAUUUUAUUAAGUCUGCAAAUCUCUGGGCUUUUAUUUUUCUGGGAAAUCUGAGAGCUUUAGACAAAAUAUAAACAAACAACUUCCCUCUCCCUUCCCCCCCUCCCAACUAAGUGAACAAAAGCAAACCACAGACACUUGGAUCUUAAAUUGGUAUAAAAAUUAGUCAAGGAAAUUCUUGCAAAGCUCUUUGUUUUUCUGAUUUGACUGAAAAAUCUCAAGUACAUAAAUUGGCUCCCAAAAUGUUUAUGCUUUUGAAAUUUUCUCCUUAUUAAAACUGUCUUUCGGGAAUGACAGUUCAGAGAGGAUCUUCAUAUUAAGUUUUAUUUUUUUUAUUUAAAGCAUUGAAAUGCAACUGAAGCACUAAAUAUCUGAAUUAUCACUUUUGAGCAAACUUAUAAUGAGGACUUAAAUUGAUUAGUUUGAUCAUGGAUUGAAAACUGAUUCAUCACUGAAACCUGAAAAUCAACUGAUGGAUGGAAAUAUAACAGGUACAUGGAACUGUCAAGGAUUUCUAUAAUAUAUUCCAUCGUAAAUCUAGUGUAUUUGAAUCCUAUUUACAUAAAUUGAAGUGCAUUAACAAUAUGUUGAAAGGUAGGUUGUAGAUCUUGUUAAAGCAAUACAAAAUUUUUAUAAGUUGUAAGGUAUUCUGUUUGAAUAUUUUACAACCUUCAAGCAUACUAAUAGCAAAAUGCAAAGCAAAAGUAUAGGGCAUUUGGCUUCAUUUUUAGGUAUAAGAGCUAAAUAUGUCUAUAUACCUUUAUCUUAUUUUGACCAUAGACUUUUUUGAAUCCUCAAAUUGCGUAAGUUUAAUGUACUCCAUUAAAUCUUCGUACCACAUUGUUAGUGCAGUUUUUACUACAAUUGAUGGGCUGAAUUUAGAUAAUUAAGGAAAAAGAAAUGGUGCAGCUGCUUUGUUUUGAAAUAAGUACUACUUGCUAAUAAGUUCCUCAAUGUAAUAAACUUUUUUAAACAGU